AAUCAUCAGUCUCAUUAUCACUCGCUAUGAUGGAGACUGGAGCUGUGGUGCAGGUGACACACGCCGCGAGCGGCUAUUCGUUCCGCGCGUUGGUUGAGCGAGUCGCCUCCUCCGACUCGUUGAUGCUGAGUCUGUGCAGUUUGGAGCGGCCGUAUGAGAAACUCAAGGUGGCGCUGAAUGGCCAAGUGAACUGGGUGCUGGCUGCCGCCAAAUUCGCCGCUUUCCUGGUGGAGUUCGAAGCGCCUGGAGAAACAAAAGAUGGCGAGUAUUUGGUGCAUUUCAAGGCGGUGGCGCACCAGAAGAAGGUCAAUCGCUCGCAGUCCAAUGGAUGGUACUUGGGUGUGGAUUCGUCGGGCCUCAUUGGCGACGCUGGCAAAGGGGAGGACAGUCUGUUCUGUGUAGCAGUAGUAUCGACGCGAGCAGCUUUCGCAUUGGACACUACGCGCUCGUUGAUGACAAACUCACAGCACAAAUCGCUGUUAAGUGAGUCGCAGCGACGGUCGUUCAUGCAGAACGGAUAUUUGCAGAUCCGUGGAGCUGUCCCACUGCCUUUGGCCAAUGCGGCGCUGCGGCGUAUCAAUCAUGACCUCGGUAUCCCAGGAAACAUGAUCGAUGGCGGAGUGGAAGGUGCAAUCAAACUGGCAGGUAAAACGUCCAACAGCGACGUGAUAUUGGAUCUCUACUACCUCUCGGACGUCAGCAAGUACGUAGAAGCGCUUGUUGGCAUUGAUCAAGUGGUGCCGCCCCAAGGAGCCCAGAUUGCGUUGCGAUUUCCAGAGCUUGGCGAGCCACGAGAACCUCUGGGUACCGAAUGGCACACAGACGGUAUGCGGCAGGGUCAUUUACAUCCAUUCACUUUGUUGGCGGGCAUCGCGCUUUCGAACGUACCAGAGCCGUUAUGCGGCAACUUGACUGUGUUUUCUGGCUCGCACAUGUCGCUUCACAGCCGCUUGACUGCCGACGGUAAACUUCGUGGCCACGACGACGAGUGCUAUAAGGCCGAUAGCGUGUGGGGGGAUGGCACACUACCGGACUUGGGUACACCUGUACAGCUCUUGGCAGCACGUGGUGACCUAGUGCUGGCACACCCCAACCUUGCACAUCGUGGUGGCCUCAACUUUUCUCCAGACAUUCGCUACCAAGUAUACUUCCGAAUCAAGCACAAGCGGCUAAAUGAGCUCCAACAGGACUGCAUCACAGACCUAUGGGCAGACUUACAGGGACUCGGUUUAGACGAUAAGACUUCUAUCAGCCAAGAUGUUUAGCGUUUAUUAUAUAGAGAACGGGAUCACAGUGAUCGACACACGAAUGUUGCGGUGUACAAAAGACUAACCACAAAAGGAGUCCACAGACUCAACUCACAAAUUACGAGAUGCAUCAUCAUACUACUCGUCCAGACUGCUCAAAAGAUGCUGGUGGCUGUUU